AUGAACAACUUAGAGUCCUACCCUCCCGAUCUCCGCCACCAAGACCGUCGGCAACAUCCACCACCACCUAACCCCGACCAGGAUGAAGAGUUAUGUGACCCGGAUCCUGUGCCCAUCAUAGAUCUCGAGUGCUUACACCAUGACAAGUUGGAGGAAGCUUGCAAGAAUUGGGGUCUGUUCCGAUUGGUGAACCAUGGUGUUCCGUUGACCCUUUUGAAGGAACUUCAAGAGGUAGCGAAGGAACUGUUCUCUCUGCCCUUUGCGGUCAAAGAAGGUGCAUGCAAUGGCAGCCCUAUGACAUACUUUUGGGGCACCCCUGCCCUAACGCCAUCGGGGACAGCCCUACCGAGAGGCCCCCAAAACAUGAAUUGGGUUGAAGGUUUUGGUGUGCCGUUGAGUCAACUCUCCCACUUCAACCCUCAACUUCACACGCUCGAGUCCGUGAGAGUUCUGCUAAUGGAGUAUGAAAGGCACUUGUGGAGAAUUGGAAGAAGAUUAUUUGAAGCUAUGGCAAAGAACCUUGAGUUGGAUGUAGAAGGAUCAAAGGAAUACUUAGCAGAAAAGAGUGGAAUGAUGCGUGUGUAUCGGUACCCUAAUUGCCCUGAUACAAAUGUUGGUUGGGGCAUGGAGGAGCAUACAGAUAGCUCAGUCUUGUCCAUAUUGAACCAAGAUGAUCAAGUUGGUGGACUUCAGCUGCUCAAUCAUCAUCAAUGGUUCAACGUAAAACCCAUUCCCAACACGUUCAUUGUCAACCUUGGAGACAUGAUGCAGGCAAUUAGUAACGACAGAUAUAAGAGUGCGACACACAGAGUGAGCAUAAACAAACAUAAAGAGAGGAUUUCCCUAUGCUACUUUGUGUUCCCUGAUGAAGAAGCUGUGAUUGAGAACUCCAAGUACAAGCCCUUUACUUACAACCAGUUCAGAGCGCAAGUGCAAGAAGAUAUCAAGGCCAUAGGCCAAAAAGUUGGCCUUCCAAGAUUUCACCACUACCACAACUCCCAAGCUUCAUUGCUUUGA